GCCAGCUGCGCUCCGCCGGUCGCCGCGAAAAGACGGCAAAAGCAAACCCAAACAUUCAAAGCGAAUGUGCGAAAUCCAAAGUUUAAUUGGAAUUGAAAUUGAAUUUUAAAUUUUCAAAUAUUUUGAUGAAAUGAUAAGAGAACAAUUAUGAGCCGCCAAAGCAAAAAAUCAGAGCAAGGAAAAGAACCCUCUACAUGGAAAGAGUUGAAAGAUCAACAAGCAGCAGGACAUUCUGGAGACAUUCCCAGCCAUUUUUUCACCCCUCGAAAGGCUUUCUCUCAAGAGGUUGCGUCCUCACCCCUUGUCAGCGAUCAGGAAAUGGACACGCUGCGAGCCGAAUGUGGAGACGACAUGCUCGAAGCUGCCGAGAACAUCAUAGACGAAGGAUCUUUGUCGCCGACAAAAAUCAUGGGGCCCCCCAGCUGCCAGAAACACCCCUAUGAAACGCCAAACACAAAGCGAGACAGAGAAAUUCGCCAGUUGCUGCUGCAGGAUCUCGAGUGUUCUGAAUCUGAGAGAGACACGCCUUAUAAAAAGGAUACCCCACAGAAAAAAAGACUAACCACCUCCGUCUCCUCUGACGAAAGCACACUGGUACCAAUACCAUCCACCUCACAAUCAGAAUUAAUGCCCAGCACCUCCCAGAUAGAACCGGCAGUGAGUGAAACAAGUGGGAGGCGAAGUUGCAAAUCUUCGUCAUCCUCCUCCGAUGAAGAAGAAUCUGAAAGCCUAUCUGAGUCGAGUGGAGACGAGUUGGACGUUCACAGCUCCAACUUCAAUGCCACAAAAGCUCUGACUCUUGGAAAGAAUUUUCUGCCAAAGCUGCCUUUCCCUCACACCAAAAGACUGAACAACCUGGACCAGUACAAAAAAGUGGCAAGUGCUUCCGACGACCCUGAGGACUUUGAAGGCAACAUGGUGAGGGCGCUGAAGAAAAAGCCGCUAACAAAAAAGUCCAAGGACUACAUAUCACCAAGUAAGCAUCAGGAGUCUAUAAAAAGAAAUUUUUUGCCCCACCAAAUGCCUGUCACCAGACCAAUUAGAGAAAAUAGGCACCAAAGAAACCUGAUGGACAAAAUGGAGGCAGUGAAAGGACCACUUUUAAAACUGGUUGAGUACAGAGAUAAGAAAAUUAGAGUUAUGGUGAAAACAAGAAAUAUCUACCAAGGAACAAACGACAUGGUUGGCUAUUUGGUUGCCUUCGACAAACAUUGGAACUUGGCAUUGACAGACGUCGAGGAGACUUUUUUGAGGAAGAUGCAACGAAAAGUGCCUUUGAAUUUAGGAGAAUCUGUAAAAUUAUCCAGUGAAGAAUUAGCAAGACGAGGGAUAGUGAGACCGAAAGUCAUUCAGAAAGUUGGAAAUAAAUUUGAGUUGUGCAAAAGACACAUUCCUCAGCUUCUCUUGAGAGGAGAGCAGAUAGUUGUAAUAUGCCCUGUAAUUUAACUCUAAAAUAAUAUAUAAUAUUUUGUCUUAUAUUACAAAAGUUUCACAUUUAUUUUGCACUUCACGAUAGUAGUCUGAAACUUUAGUUGUACAUAUCCAGUAGGUCUGUUGUCUCUUCUGGUGGUUUGUCUUCAGGGAAUUUGC